AGUCUUAAUGUUUAGAAUUUCCAAAAUUAUAAAACAAUCUGAAAAAUUACGGCUUGCUGAAAUAAAUCAAAUGCAUCCGACUGUGAUUUUUUGAUCAUUGUGAUUGAGGUCAUACACGUAAAUAUUAGUAUCUGGCGAAAUCACACAAAUAGAUAUAGUAUAUACAGUUUGUAACGGUCUGACAUGGCAGUUUCACAUAAGUUAUUUUAGCUGUGACAAAGGACAAUGAUGUAAAUUGAACAUUAUUAGUAUUUAUUUCUGUAGAAUAACUCACUUGUACAUUUAAUAGUAGAUUAUUAUGCAUAGGAUUAUGAUAUUUAUGUCGUAAAACCUAGAAUUUAUCAAGUGAUUGUUUUUAAGAUAUAUUUAUCGCAUAAAGAUUACGAAUUGAGUCUUCAAAAUUGUGACAAGGUGAUACAAUUGUAAUAAUGAUGUUGUGUUACGAUGGAAAACUUAGUUUAUAUUGCUUUGUUACGGCUUCUGUCAUUGCCGGCUUACCUGAAAUAUUAUUUAGGUUAGAAUUUGAUAAUUAUAUGUCUUAUCUACAAAAUAUGUGGGUAAUUCAUAUAUUGUUAUAUGGAUUUUUGAAUUUAUUACUGGCCUUGGCAUUUCGUGGCUUUGCCUAUAGAGUUGCAGUCCGAGCAACAUUUUUGGGCUAUGUGUUUGCUGUCGGUAUUUUAAUAUUUUUUUGCUCAUCAGCAUCAUGGCAGAUGUUUGGCAUAUACAUAUCAGUACUAGCAUUUUUUCAUUAUUCAGAAUUUUUAGCCAUUGCCUGGACCAAUCCAGACACCGUAUCUAUCGAGUCUUUCAUCUUGAAUCACAGUCUAGCAUAUGGAAUAGCAGCAUGCUCAAGCUGGCUAGAAUUUAUCGUGGAAAGGUAUUUUUUUCCUACAAUAAAAGAGGCUUCCUCUAUUUCUUACUUUGGCCUUGUAUUGUGCCUUGGUGGUGAAGUCUUAAGAAAGAUGGCAAUCUUCACUGCGAAGCGAAACUUCAGUCAUAUUGUACAAAAUAAAAAAGCAGAAAAUCAUGAAUUAGUCACUCAUGGAGUGUAUGGAUUCUGUCGACAUCCCAGUUAUGUGGGAUGGUUUUACUGGUCUAUUGGAACACAGUUGAUACUUCAAAACCCUUUCUGCUUUGUUGCCUAUGCUAUAACUUCAUGGAGAUUUUUCCACGAACGAGUUUUAAUUGAAGAACUAACUCUACUGAACUUCUUUAGAGGACAGUAUGUUGAUUAUCAGAAGAAAGUGGGUACAGGACUACCGUUUAUCGUUGGAUAUAAAGUUGAAUUGUAGCAGGAGACCAUGGUUUAGUUUAUAAAAAUUACAAGUAUUGUAUUGUUAUGAGCUUAAUUGUAAUAACACUACAAGUUCAGUAUAAUGAUUUUAAUUUUAUAUACAUAUAUACUGUAACUCAUCUCCUUACUAUAUAACUAUUAUUGUAAAUACUAUGGUACUUUCAAAUGAUUCUUGACUCGAUGUAUUGAAGUGUGAAUGUAAAUUAUUACAUUAGUGUUAUCAGUUUUAUAAAUUAAUCCGCAUAAUAUUAAA